GUUCGAAUUGUUUCGCGCCAAACUUGUAACUUUUGGAGGUGAUGACAGCUACUAGUUCGGGUGAGAGCUACUACUGCCACGUCUGUGAGACCGAAGUUGUUCCAAAUUUGCAGGAUUAUACUUGUUCAGCAUGUCAUUCUGGUUUCAUUGAGGUCGUUAGUCCAGGGAGUGGCUUGUCAUCGGACCCUUCUGAAUUAGAUGCGCUUGGUGUCAUUCGUCAGUUGUGGGGUGGUCCUGUAGCUGAUAGUUUUGUGCGCUACCUUACGACAUCCAGAGAGGACCACAGUUCGACAGACGAUGAAUCUUUGGAGCGAGAAAAUUUGUCAAGGCGGUCAAGACGCUCGACAAGGAAUUCAAACCAGAGGUCAACUCGUGAACGUGUGUAUACCCGUGGCCGUCCAACGGUCACCACACGCAUUCACCUGUCGAACGUGGAUCAGCAAUUUCUACUACCAUUGUUGUCGACUUUUGGGCCAACAGAUGGAGAUAUGCGUAAUUUUGUCUUUAACAGAGGUGUAUUUGAUCAAUUUAUCACUGUAUUAAUGAAUGAAAUGCAAGUUGGUCCUCCACCAGCUCCUGAGUCAGCCAUUGCAGAUUUACCCGUGAAUGUAUUAAGUGAAGAGCAAGCAUUGCGAUUGGGCAUUUGUUCUAUAUGCUUUGAUGACUUCAAAGAAGCAGAAUCAACAAUCGUACUACCAUGUACUCAUAUUUAUCAUCAAACAUGUGUUACAACCUGGUUGAAACAGCAUGGAACUUGUCCAGUUUGUCGGAAGGAUUUAGCUGGACGUGAUACUUCACGCUUUGAAGAUCCAGCAUCAAAUGUACCACAGGAUAAUGGUUCAAGUUCUUCCAACUCCUAGUGUACAAUUUUAUUCUUCUAUUGUCUUCUUAUCUCUUUAAGCUUGUUCAUUUUCAUAAACAUGCGCAUGUGUGUGUGUGUAUGAUGAAAUAAUUCUUUCUGUAGCAUUCAGCUAAUAUGUUCUUUCAUAUAUUGCGAAGGUAAGUCAAUUGUCUCUUCGUCUACAAUCCAACUCUUAGCAUAUUGCUGUACUGUUCAUCUUUUCUCUCUCUCUCUCUCUCUCCCUGUGUAUCUUCUCUGGUAUGGUUGUGUGCAGAUGACGGCGUCGUCAGUCUACUGUUAAUUUGUGUUUUCAAUUCAUCAAUAUUCAACUUUUUUUUUUUACUUGAGAUUUUGUUUUCUUCUGGCUAUCAAGAUUAUUCACAUCUAUCCCUGCUACUUUAUUGAAUAAAUGAACAAAUGACUGGAUUAACACUGGUUUCAUGAUGUGUUCACUUCCUUCCUUUCAAUAACUCUGUUAUCGACAAUAUAUAUAUAUAUAUAUAUAUAUAUAUAUA